UGCGUCAGGAGGAGUGUAAACACUCCUCGCGCUUCAGCAGCAGCAGCUUCUUCAGUAGUAAUUUGUCGAGUUCGCAAACGUUGUGUUCCAGCGUUUAAUAUUUCACCAGCGAAAUGUUUUCUAGUUUAUUGCUGUUAGAUAUCAGAUGAUGUUAUAAAUUCUUUUUUGGGGGCUUUACAAGACCGCCUCAAAUUACUGCCAUAAAGUUGCUCUUAGCUAGUUCCAGCUAGCUAACGUUAGCUCUCAGACUUGUACAGUCUGCUUCCUUUUGCAACCGAGUAAGACGCAGCAUUGUUUCGGCUGCCCUAUUUUUUUAUGCUAAAAGCUCACGGUUCUCUGUGAUGAAAUGGUGCUUUCCUUGGUCAGCCUUUGCGCCAGGGAGGUGGUGAGGGACCACAGCUCGUCACCGUACUGGCUAAGGUGGGUGCCCAGGGAGCUGUACAGACCGCUGCUGGAGGCCUCUUUCACCGGCUGCAGACCGCUGGCUGUGGGUGAGCUGGUGCAGAGGUGGCCUGAACGCACAUUGCGUGUCGGCAGAAGCAGGAAACAAGGCCAAAUGGGGCCAAAUCGACUCUGCGUCCAGGCCCUGUUACUUGCAGUUGUCCGAGGAAUGUCAGACCAAAGGUGUGCCCUGCAAGUACUGGAUCUCUGUGGACUGCAAGGAGAUGAAGGAGGGAUGGGAGACCCCAUGGGAGGCUGGUCUCUGACUGUAGCGCUCUGCACCAUGGUCGUUCAGUCCAGAGCUCGAGCACAGAGGGCUCAGCGGGAGAGGAAAAGGUUAUCAGCUCUGGAGAGGGAAAAAGACGUGAAGAGAGAGAGGGGACAGUGGAAGAGGGGAAGGGAAACAAACGGCGAUGGGGCAGGCCCAGAUAAUGAGGAGCCGGAGGGAAACGGUAGAGAGAAGAUGGGCUCAUGUGGGACUCUGGGUGAAGAGGAGCUGAUUACAGGUGUGAGGAGGAGGAUGGAGGUAGAGAGGAGAAGAGAGACUGCAGUUCCAGGGUCAGGAGGCGGUAGAAAGGAGACCGAAGAUGUAAACAGUGAUGUGUUGGUGCAUGUGAGAGCUGAUCUUUUUGUAAACGCUCGCUCUUGGGAGCGUGUUCGCGGGGCUCUAAGCGCAUCGGGGCCCCUUAAGCUUCAGUGCAGAUACCUACGCGUGGAAGAGAUUUCAGUGUCCAGCAUCAGGACCAUGCUAGGCCUCCUGCCUCGCCAGGGUCUCCUGGGCAUCGAUGUCCGCUACAGUAGCCUCGGGGUGGCCGGCUUGGCUGAGCUGCUGCCUCUGCUCUCCACCUUCCCCGCCCUGAACUCUCUCCGCCUGCACUACUGUAACUUGGAUUUUCGCAGAGACCAACCCGGCCAAGAAGAGGCCCUGGGGGACUUGUCUCAGGGUCUGACCCGGCUACAAGAACUGCGGUGCCUCAGCCUCACUGCGCUGCGCUUGCCUGGGCAACUCCGUGUGCUGCUUAGCUCACUGCCUCGGCCUCUGGAGAUACUGGAGCUGCCAUAUUUGAGCCUGAGCCCAGCUGACCUCGCCUAUCUGUCCUGCAGCCACCAUGCUUCCACACUGCAGCAGCUGGAUCUGAGUGAGAACCGUCUGGACGAAAACACCCUGACAUCUAUCCGCCGCCUCCUCUCCCAGGCUUCCGGAGGCCUGCAGCACCUCUCUCUGAGUGGCUGUGGCCUCACCGACGGCCUGCUGGGACUCUUGCUGCCCUCGCUGGGAGGCUGCAGGGCCCUCAAGAGCUUGGCGUUGGCACUGAACCCUCUCUCCAUCGCCGGCCUCAUGGACCUGGUGAGGAUGGCCGUGAGAAUGCCCUCUCUCCGUCAGUUGCUGUACCCCAACCCCCUGGAGGACUACCAGCCGGGCCUUCCUGACCUGCCCUCCAGUGCGCAGCUCUUAGACUGGCCGCUGGAUGAAGCCACAGACAUCAACAUUACCAGCAGCCAGCUCAACAGGGUGCGCAUAGAGAGCGGGCGGUCCGACCUCUUUCUGACAUGCGACCUGCUCAAUUAUGAUAAAGACUUGGUGGACUAGAGCAGAGGUGAAAGGAACCAUCACAGACCAGCGCAAUGUACAUACACCUCACAAUCGAAUGUGUCCUCCUCUAGGGUUUCGAGAACGGGCCAUUUUUUAUAUUUGUUUACAAGACAAAAGGACAAAAUCCUUCGUCGAGACAGUAAUAUGCUUCAAUGAAAUGAUGCUAAACUACUUUAAUGAGUUAAUUUGUUGACUGUAUAAGUUAUUUUGUACCCAAAAUUGCUUUAUAUUCACGUCAACAGGAUAGUUACAACUGUCACUAGUACUUUAUUCAUACAAGGCAUUCAUUCAUAUUCACCAAUUAUUUGAGUGACGUACUCUCUCGUUGUGCUUUUCUAAUUUGCAUUUUUGUCAUACUGUAUUUCUUGUAUACCUGUUGUAAACAUGUCCAGGAUUAUGCUUGUAAAUCACCAAUUAUCAGGAAAUAAUGUAUCAAAUUACCAUUGUACCACAUGAUGCAUUUACAUACUGCCAGUCACAGAAUAAAUCCGUCAUAAAGCAAA